CACCAAGAGAAGAAUCAACUCCAAAUGAACCCGGAAGUGUACUUCAUUUGAUCUUAAUUAUUUAAGGAAGACUGAAGCUUAUUGAUGUUUUAAUGACUUUUCAAAAUAAGAUCUGUCAAUUGCACAUAAACCCGAAAAUUAUCCUAUAACACAAGUCUGAUUCAUUUUUUAAGAGCAUGUGUGCUUUUGCAUUUCCCUUAUUUUUAGGAAGGUAUAUGUAAAGAAUAGAUUUAGCGGACCUUCUUUCCUUAAUAAACUGGUGACGUCGGUAAAAUGGGGCGUGCGCGUUUGUGUUUCAGAGAGAGAGAGAGAAGAAUGGGAGGAGGUGGGUGCUUGCACUGCGCAUGUGCACGCGGGGAUCUGUGCUGCGGUGGAACAGCGGCUGGUGACACACAGCCAGAGAGAUGGCGCGGCACCCGACCGGAGCGCAAGGACAGCUGGCUGGCGGCGGGGGGGCUUGAAUUUUAUAAAGAGGAUCACAAAAUAAAAGAAAAAAAACUUAAAGGGGGAAAAGGAGCUGGAAAAGGAAUUCCCAUUCUGCAAAGCAUCAUCAGAGGUGAGAAGAUAAAAGCCAAUUCUGAGGAGAGAGAAUAAAGGGAAGGGGGCUGGUGUCAGGAGGGACAAAAAGAGCGCAACAAAAGAAAAUUGAACUUUCCUGGAGAUCCGCUCGCUGUGGUAGGACAGAUAGAUGGUGUGGCCACAGCGAAGCCCGGAUCAUGAACGCACAUCUGUCGAUGGAGAAUAUUGGAGAUCUGCACGGAGUGAGCCAUGAGUCCGUGUCCGGUCACGGGGAGCUGCUGAGUGGACACAGUCCGCAUUCCCGUCCGAGCCCCAGGGGUCUGAGCCAUCGCGCUAUGGGCAUGGCGACGCUACUGGACAGCGGGGACUAUCACCCGGGUCACCCCGGACACCUGCACCCGGCCAUCAGCAUGUGCGAAGCUCCGCCUGGCAUGAGCGCCAGCAGCACCUACACUACCCUGACCCCCCUGCAGCCCUUGCCCCCCAUCUCCACCGUGUCCGACAAGUUCCCCCCGCAUCAUCACCACCACCAUCCUCAUCAUCCUCACCCUCAUCCCCACCAGAGGAUCCCGGGAAAUGUCAGCGGCAGUUUCACGUUGAUGCGCGAGGACCGGAGUCUGGCACCAAUGAACAGUCUGUAUCCCGCGUACCAUCACAAGGAUCCGUGUAUGGGCCAGAGCCUGUCCCCGCUGUCAGGCUCCGGCCUGGCCAGCAUACACACCUCGCAGGCCGGCAUCCCGCCUUACGCACACCCCGGCGCCGCCAUGCCCGGUGAAAAGAUGCUCACCCCCAGCGGGUUUGAGGCGCACCACCCGGCCAUGCUCGGCAGACACACGGAGCAGCACAUGAGCUCCUCGGCGGCCAUGGUGCAAAUCAACGGCCUUCACCACCAUCCGCACGCCCACCUCGGCGCUCAGGGGCACGGCCAGGGGCUCGGGAGUAGCCGGGAGCAGGCCUCUGGACCCGGGCAUCAAGGGGGCGGCGCCGGAGGGGUCGGGGUUUCUGGGGGACAGAUGGAAGAGGUGAAUACCAAAGAGGUGGCUCAGAGGAUCACCACGGAGCUGAAACGUUACAGCAUCCCUCAGGCCAUCUUUGCCCAGCGCGUCCUGUGCAGGUCUCAGGGCACUCUGUCCGACCUGCUGAGAAACCCCAAACCCUGGUCCAAGCUCAAGUCCGGCAGAGAGACGUUCCGGCGCAUGUGGAAGUGGCUGCAGGAGCCUGAGUUCCAACGCAUGAGCGCGCUCAGGCUCGCAGGUGAGCGAAGCCUCGCAUGUAAGCGUAAGGAACAGGAUCACGGCAGAAGCGAACGAGGGAAUGUGACCAAGAAGCCCCGGCUGGUGUUCACAGAUGUUCAACGACGGACACUCCAUGCCAUCUUCAAGGAGAACAAGCGUCCAUCCAAAGAGCUGCAGAUCACCAUUGCCCAGCAGCUGGGCCUCGAGCUGGCCACAGUCAGCAACUUCUUUAUGAACGCACGUCGUCGGAGUCUCGACAAAUGGGUGGACGACGGCUCCGGUCACUCAGCCACCUCUGGCCCCAACUCCUGCACCAAAGCCUGAAGAUGAAUUGAUUUGACCAACUCAUGGACUGACUCAACAUCGGUGGAAAAGCUUUAAAACCUAGAGAAACAAAGAGAAACUUAAAAAGACCUUGAAGCAACAUUUUGCCCUUAAACCUGUACUAUAUUGAUAUUUAUAGUAUCCAAAGAUGAAAAAACAAACCAAAGACCCCUUGUUUGACCUGCUUUGAAAGAUUUGUUUCAGCAACACAUUUGUGUGUAACACACUGCAAACAGACUAUAAUUUUAUCUUCACACACACUAUCACUGGUCGCACAGCUUUAUACCCCCUCAACAAAUGUCAAUCUAGCGUUCGCCAUCACUUUUAAUCUGAUUGGUUGGGUUAAAUGACGUGCCCUUAAAUGGAGGUUUAAUCAGCCUUUCGGAAGUCUGCUCUGCAGCCGUCCACACUCUUGAAAGCAGGCAGAAUGUGGAGCUCUGCUGGGAUCAGCCAAUCAUCUUAAAAAAA